AUUUGGCUCGUCAACCGGCAGGGGAAGAAGCCGGAAAGAACAAAGCCAUUACAAAGCUCCGAUGCCUCUGGCCGCUCUUCUAUGGAUUCAGGAAUCGACCAACUAAACCCUAGAUUCUUGAACGAGAGAUCCCAAGACGAAGCCAAUUUCUAAUUCCCAAAUCCCUUCCCGAGAAUCCUAGCUUUUCUGCCGCUAUACUCAUCAAUUUAAUCACAUAUUUAUGCCUUUGCAAGGAGGAAAAGAAAACGAAGGGAAAAAGAAAAUAUUAUUAAGAAGUCAGGUGGAACAUCUACACUGCACCUAAAUUUCUAUGACCCACUUAGUCAACUCUGCAUCAACACCACCUCACCCCAGCUACCAGACAUUCGGAGUAGUUGGUCCUUCAUUUAGACUGACUCUGAAAACGACAUAAGAACUAGCAAAGCGGAUCAUUUCAUUGACUCCUUCAGGUUCCAGCGCACCGAUUCAUUUAAUGCUCAAAUUUGCCAUUCAGUUAGAGCUGUUUUAAACAAACAAUGGCAGGUUUAUCACGCAGCAUGCUUGCAUGCCUUCACACCGGACAGCUUGCCCUUUUGGCAAUUUUAGUAUCUAGCGGAAUUGUAUUACAAGUUUUGGCAUGUGCUUUAUAUAAUAACUGGUGGCCAAUGCUAACAGUAAUAAUGUACGUGAUUCUUCCCAUGCCGUUGAUGUUCUUUAUGGGAUCCAAGAGCACCUCACUUAUGUCGAGUGAUGGAGAUGGCUGGGCGAACUUCACAAAGUUCUUGACAGGGGCUUCGGUGGUUGGAAGCAUUGCAAUACCCUCCAUCUUAAAGCAUGCUGGUAUAAUUGGUUGGGGAGCUCUUGCAAUGGAGCUAUCUUCUUUUCUGGUUUUUGCUGUGGCUACUUUAUGGAUGCUUCAGAUGAGCAAUGAAGAUGGAUAUAGCAUGCUCUGAGAUUUUGGAUGUAAAUGCGUGUCAGUGUGAAAGAAAAUGCUAUUGCAUUCCUUUACAUUAAAAAGAUCUCCUUUUCAGCUGAGAUUCAACCUAUUGAUGUUGGAAGUAUAUAUUUGUGAAUAUUUGAUGUUUGUGGCACCAGACUUCUUAUUCUUGUGGGUGCUUUUAAAUUUGAAUGCUAGGCAUGGAUUUCAGGUUUCACCAUGUUUA